CGGAAAGCCAUUCCGCCAUGCGGGCGGUCCCUCUCCCCAGCCUGCCUGCGAAGCUCACCGCCCGCCCCGUCAGCCACAGGCCUCGCCCCGAAGCGACGCCUUGCUCAACCCGAACCGCCUCCCCAAAACCGGGAGGAGGAGCCGCCCCCGCCCUCCCGGCCCCGAGGGGAUCCCGCGGGCCCACGGCUGUCAUGGCGGAGAGGCCGCAGCCCCCGCGGCCCGGGAUCGGUGUGGGGGUGGUCGUCACCAGCCCCACGCACCCCAACUGCGUCCUCCUGGGCAAGAGGAAAGGCCCGCUGGGGGCCGGCACCUACCAGCUCCCCGGAGGCCACCUGGAGUUCGGGGAGAGCCUGGCGGAGUGCGCCGCGCGGGAAACGCUGGAGGAGGCGGCGCUGCGGCUGCGUCACGUCCGCUUCGCUUCCGCCGUCAACUCGGUCUGCGCCACCGCCCGCUACCAUUACGUCACCGUCCUCAUGAAGGGCGAGGCGGAGCCGGGGGCGGAGCCGCGCAACCGCGAGCCGGAGAAGAACGAGGGUUGGGAAUGGGUUAAAUGGGAUGAAUUUCCUCCAGCAGAUCAACUGUUCUGGGCCUUACGCUGUUUGAGAGAGCAAGGUUACAAUCCCUUCACAGAAGAGCUCGAUCAUCUAAAGGGGUACACGGGAAGUCACCAACUAGCGUAAAAACUAACCGUAUGUGACGUAACAACCUACAGGACCGACCUGCUUUUUGGGGGGAGUAAAAGAGGAAAGGAUAUGUCAUGCUCGCUCUGCCCACGUGAAAAUAUUACCCUUCCCAAAGUCAGAAAGAUGCCAGAUGUUUCUUUACCUUAUUUCACAUGACAGUUUUCUUGUUGCAGAGCUACUUCUAGCUCUAGUGGUUAACAGUUAAUGUCAUCUUUUUUAGAAAACUCAAGACUGUUUUACCUGGUUAAUCGUUAUAUAGAUGAAUAGCCCUUUGGAAGUCAGAACUAGUCAGAGACGCUCGCUCACUUGGAAACAGUUGCGGCAUCAGGCCCAAGAGAAACUGAUUUGUUCAAACCACUGUCCUGCUUUCGGUGGAAAACUACGUUGUGUGUCAUGCUGCUUUCCUGUAAUUAUGAAUCUUGGACCAAUUUUUAAAUUUAACCUUGUCUCAUAGCUUCAGUUAAGGUACCGUCAUGAACAAAAGUCACAUUUUACAGACAACACCUUGUUCUCCUGCAGAUAGUAGCACAUACUUGAAAAUCAAGGUAUUACAGACAUGAAAAAGGCUGCGCUGCCUUGUUGCAGGGAAUGAAAAUUCCCCGACCCUUCUUGCCACCCUGUUUCAUUACGGCAUUCUGUUUGCAGCCUCGCUUACCUUAGAAUUUAUCUGCAGAAGCAUUUCAGAUCUCUGCAGCUGAUCUUAAUUCCCAAUCAUGUUACUAAACUCUUAAUAGUUUAAUGGAGAGGUGCCUACCAUGUUCUACUAGGCUGACACAAAUAACGUUGUACAAACUAAUCUCAUUUCUAGGUGUAGCUCUACAGCACACAGUCACUUUUUGGCUAAAGAGGGUUGUCAGUAUGAAACAGCACAGAUAACGGCUUUUGGGAUUUGACAAAUGGUUAAUUUUCUGUUUGAUGUGACUAAAUGAUUGAAGUGGUAGUGAAUGAAUCACGGUACACAAAGAUAAAUACAAAACCAAUGAGUUUAUAUUUUUCAUUUUUCUAGAAUCUGUAACCAAAUUCGAUUCUUUUGCAGCUGUAGUAAUUAGGACAUCAGCAAUUAAUUGUAGGAUAUGACUUUUAAAAAAAAAUCACUGCUUGGCUCUUUUUUUUUUUUCCUCUUCAGGGUUCUUUUAGAACACAGUUUUUGUCUGUUCCCUUUAGAUAUACCCCCAUUGUCCAAGAUGUUCUGAGAUAAACCUUUAAUUUCUUUUUAAUAAAACAUAAGCACAAUAUUGAAAGAUUAAAAUUGUCUGGAAUUAUGAAUUGACUUGUCAGUUCUUAAAAGGAAUGUGCUUGAAGGGUUUAAAACUCUUCCUUACUUUGCAUAUACAUUUUCUUAAAUAGAGAUGGCUCUUUUUGCUGAGAAGCAGACGGAGUGAUACGAGGUAUUAUAAGGAUGCUACUGACAAUCGCAAGCCUCCUGCUUAGAAUUUGAAGCAUGAACUAAGCACAACUUCCCUUAGGACAGAUAUUCUUUCUCUGAAGUGAAGAAAGUAGAUAAUGUUAUAAAGCAGUUUUGAAAUGAGAAAUAUCACUGAAAAUUCCUUUACUGCUGUAUCUUUGUAGAAAGCUUUUUUUUCCCCUGUUCAAAAGUGGAGAUUUUCUUCCUGAAAGCAACUUCAUGUACACUGAAAAUUAUUCCAUUCAGCUGUCAACAAAGAGGCUGUAGGAAGAGUUGACAGAUGUCCUGCCCAUCUGUCCCAAAGAAUAAUGAAAAAAGAAAGAUUACUAAAAUGAGUUAGUGGAAUUUUAGAUUUUAGAAGGCAGCUAGCUCCUGAUGGGAAAACUGAGGUCGUUUGUCAUGCAAUAAAUAUUUUGUUACCAUUAA